UUCAGCCCCCCCCCUCCUUACUCAGAACAAAUGACACCACCCUCACACUUGUGGAAGCAAACAGAUUCUGAAAGGAGGCCUUUUUUUAAGCAUUCAUCAUGAUUUUUCAAACGCUUUUCAAUUGUCUGGACUUUACCGGCUGGUUGUUGUUGACUUUGGCCGUUUUACUUCUGACAGAUGUGUUCAGGAACUGGAGGCCACGCGGCUUUCCACCGGGACCCUGGCCGCUCCCUUUUCUAGGAAAUAUCUUCACAGGAGUGGACUUCAAAUCAAUAGAGAAGCUUGCUCAGGAGUACGGUCCAGUGCUCAGCUUGAGGAAAGGCAGCGUGAGGAUGGUGUUUGUCUCCGGCCACAAGAUGGUCAAAGAGGCUCUUGUCAACCAGCUGGACAGCUUUGUUGAUCGUCCUGUAGUUCCUCUCUUCCACAAAAUCUUCAAAGGGAUUGGAGUCAUUAUGAGCAAUGGUUACCUCUGGAGGCAGCAGAGGAAGUUUACCAACACUCAUCUGCGUUACUUUGGAGAGGGUCAGAGGUCACUGGAGAAAUACAUUCAGGUUGAAAGCACCUACUUGUGUGAAGCUUUCAGAGAGGAACAAAGAGGACCGUUCAACCCCCACUACACCAUAACGACCGCAGUGAGCAACAUCAUCUCCUCUGUGCUCUUCGGACAGCGCUUUGAAUACAGCGAUCAGAGUUUUCGAAAGGUUCUGGAGCUGGACAAUGAGGCUGUCUUGCUCUCCGGUUCUCCUCUGGCUCAGCUGUAUGAUGUGUUCCCCGGCUUGCUGGAGCACCUGCCAGGACCUCACCAGACUGUCCAAGGAAACUACAAGGAGAUCAUGGCUUUCCUGGAAAAGCAAGUAGAGAAGCACCAGAAUGAGAGGAACCCUGAUGACCCCCAGAAUUUUAUUGACGUAUACCUGGCAGAGAUCGAGAAGAAAAAGGAGGAUCCCCAGGCGGGCUUUAACAUUGAAACCCUGCUGGUUUGCAUUCUGGACCUGAUUGAGGCUGGGACCGAAACAAGUUCCACCACUUUACGCUGGGCCCUCGUCUACAUGAUGCACUACCCAGAGAUCCAAGAGAAGGUCCAGGCAGAGAUAGACCGAGUCAUUGGAGAGUCUCGUCAGCCCGCUCUGGCCGACAGACCCAACAUGCCCUUCACCGAGGCCGUCAUCCACGAGAUUCAAAGGAUAGGGAACAUCGUUCCUAUGGGGUUCCCCAAAAUGGCUAGUAAAGAUACUACACUGGGAGGAUAUUUGAUACCGAAGGGUACGAGUGUGACGACAUCUCUCGCAUCUGUGCUGUUUGAUAAGAAUGAGUGGGCAACUCCUGACACCUUCAAUCCUGAUCAUUUCUUGGAUUCAGAGGGACAUUUCCGCAGAAGAGAGGCCUUCCUACCGUUUUCUGCAGGUAAACGUGGGUGUUUAGGAGAACAUCUGGCCAGGAUGGAGCUGUUCCUUUUCUUUACGUCUUUUCUACAACGUUUCACCAUAUCUUCUGUUCCUGGAGAAAUGCCCAGCCUGCAGGGAGUGAUGGGCUUCACCUGCUCCCCUCAGGAGUUCCGGAUCCUCGCUGAGCCUCGCUAAAUUGCUUCCAGUUACUCAUCCCCUCACUAUAAGGAAAUAAGACACUGCAAUGCAACACAAAUCACCACGUUCUCAAUGAUCACAUAUCUGACUCACAUUAAACUAGAUUUCAUCAUACUUUCCCAAAUAGUAUCAUCAUCAGAAAUUCAGUCCCCCAAGUUGUAGAAUAUCUAAGUUAAAGAUGUCUGGACUUAAUCUUUUUUUCAUGGCGUUUCAAAGUGCAGUGGAUGAAUUACUUAACGGGUUCAUCGUAUUAUCCCUUAGAUACUGAUGGUUUAUGUAGUAGCUCCACGUGGUUAUGGAUGACUUCAUGACAGACAAUAGAUUCUUCUUCUACACAGUUUACGACUGCAACACAUUUAAGUUCAGCUUCACGUGAAUGAAAAAGAGUUUUUCUGAUGCUUAUGUGUGUAUCUUCCUGUUAAGCCAAGGUAGAAGAAUUGAACCAGAUACCGUAAUAUGUUAUGAUUCUGCCUUUAAUUAAGGAAACUUUCUUCACUGUCUGUAUUUUUGUGUUUUGUUCUUUAAUCAAUAAAUGUUUGUAGCUGAAUCUCA